GAAUGCAGGUGAGGGAAGGCACGGACUCUGCGGCUGCGAACCCAAACUUGGGCACCGCACGGGGCGCACGGUUCAGCCCUCGCCCCCACGGGCGAAAGGCUGCUGCGGCUUCAGGCGGAGGCUUCCUGACUAAUGACCUUGCGCAGAGUUGUUAAGAAAAAAAAGAGAAACCCGAGGAGCCCCCGUGGGUGAGGAGCGGCUGACUCCGGGCGUCUGUCUCCGAAGAUGGCUCGGGCUUCUCUUUGGCGCGCUGGGGAGACCCGGACGCGGACCGCGCGGUGACGCGAGUAGCCUUCCCCGCGCCGUGCCCGGAGCGACCUGCGGGAGAUUUUUCAUUCUUGUUCUGUUGACUGGCUCCCCCGCCGCCUGAGAGGAGUCGGAGUUGAGACUGGCUUGUAGCUGACCAGAGCCUCGUGCCGGCGGCGGCUCACGUUCUGCCUGGGCGCCCGCAGCUGGAGCACAGGCUGCGUCUUGGAGUAAGCGGCUGCAACGUGCACCGGACUCAACUCGAGUGGCCGGAAGCCCGGCGGGGCUGCAGGCGCGGAGGCUGCAGCUCGCUCCCCGCCGCUCCCGGCUCCUCCGGCCGCCUGCAGUCGCGGCUCCGGCUCGGGCUCGCUCCGACAGUGAGGGGACGGAGCCGCCGUUGCUCCUCCCGCUGCGGGGAUGACUUUUGGGGGGCGGGGGGCGCCGAGCCCGCGGCGCGCAGUGUCCCGUGAACUGUGAGUACUGCGCCUGAACGGCGGCCGGCGAGCGGGCGAUUAGCACCCAUUGCAUGAAUGAUGAAACAAUAACUUUCGGAAGAAGCAGGAGGAAAAGAGAAAAAGAAGGACCGAUCUCUGCACACCCCCCUUCUACGCGCUGCUCUUGCCCCCCCUCCCUCCCGCUGCCCCCUCGGUUCCUCAGUUCCCCGGGAGAAGAGAGGACUGGAGGAGGGCGGGUGGCCAGCCCCGGAGCCAGGGGUGCUGAGGGCGCCGUGGUCAGAAGGAGCAGUAGCAGCAGCAGCAGGAGAAGAUGCUGAGGAUGCGGACGGCGGGGUGGGCGCGCGGCCGGUGCUUGGGCUGCUGCUUCCUCCUGCCGCUCUGCCUCAGCCUGGCGGCCGCCAAGCAGCUCCUCCGGUACCGGCUGGCCGAGGAGGGCCCCGCCGACGUCCGGAUCGGCAACGUCGCCUCGGACCUGGGCAUCGUGACCGGUUCCGGGGAGGUGACUUUCAGCCUGGAAUCGGGCUCCGAGUACCUGAAGAUCGAGAACCUCACGGGCGAGCUGAGCACCAGCGAGCGGCGCGUCGACCGCGAAAAGCUACCCCAGUGUCAGAUGAUCUUCGACGAGAACGAGUGCUUCCUGGACUUCGAGGUGUCGGUGAUCGGGCCCUCGCAGAGCUGGGUGGACUUGUUUGAGGGCCGGGUCAUCGUGCUGGACAUCAACGACAACACGCCCACCUUCCCGUCGCCAGUGCUCACGCUCACGGUGGAGGAGAACCGGCCGGUGGGCACGCUCUACCUCCUGCCUACUGCCACUGACCGCGACUUUGGUCGCAACGGCAUCGAGCGCUACGAGCUGCUGCAGGAGCCCGGGGGCGGCGGCGCCGAGGGCCGGCGCUCCUUGCCGGCCGACAGCGCCCCCUACCCCGGGGGCGGCGGGAACAGCGCGGGCGGCGGCGGCCCCGGAGGCUCCAAGCGGCGGCAGGACGCGCCGGAGGGCGGAGGCAGCGGCGGCAGCCCCGGCGGGCGCAGCAGCGUGUUCGAGUUGCAGGUGGCGGACACCCCGGACGGCGAGAAGCAGCCUCAGCUGAUCGUGAAGGGGGCGCUGGACCGCGAGCAGCGCGACUCCUACGAGCUGACCCUGAGGGUGCGCGACGGCGGCGACCCCCCACGGUCCUCACAGGCCAUCUUGCGGGUGCUUAUCACCGACGUGAACGACAACAGCCCUCGCUUCGAGAAGAGCGUCUAUGAGGCUGACCUGGCUGAGAACAGCGCCCCAGGGACCCCCAUCCUGCAGCUGCGCGCUGCCGACCUGGAUGUGGGGGUCAAUGGGCAGAUCGAGUACGUGUUCGGGGCUGCCACUGAGUCCGUGCGGCGGCUCCUGCGCCUGGACGAGACGUCAGGCUGGCUCAGUGUCUUGCACCGCAUCGACCGUGAGGAAGUAAACCAGCUGCGCUUCACAGUCAUGGCCCGCGACCGCGGGCAGCCCCCCAAGACCGACAAGGCCACUGUGGUCCUCAACAUCAAGGACGAGAACGAUAACGUUCCAUCCAUUGAAAUCCGCAAGAUUGGGCGCAUCCCACUUAAGGACGGGGUGGCCAACGUGGCUGAGGACGUGCUAGUCGACACCCCCAUCGCUCUGGUGCAGGUGUCCGACCGAGACCAGGGCGAGAACGGUGUGGUCACCUGCACUGUAGUGGGCGAUGUCCCCUUCCAGCUCAAGCCGGCCAGCGAUACAGAGGGCGACCAGAACAAGAAAAAGUACUUCCUGCACACUUCGGCGCCUCUGGACUAUGAGACCACCCGGGAAUUUAACGUGGUCAUUGUGGCGGUAGACUCAGGCAGCCCCAGCCUCUCCAGCAACAAUUCCUUAGUUGUCAAAGUGGGAGACACUAACGACAACCCUCCUGUCUUUGGCCAGUCUGUAGUGGAGGUCUACUUCCCUGAGAAUAAUGUCCCUGGUGAGAGGGUAGCAACCGUGCUGGCGACAGACGCUGACAGCGGGAAGAACGCAGAGAUCGCUUAUUCCCUGGACUCCACUGUAAUGGGGACCUUUGCUAUUGAUCCAGAUUCUGGGGACAUCCUUGUAAAUACGGUGCUGGAUCGGGAACAGACUGACAGGUAUGAGUUUAAAGUUAAUGCCAAAGACAAAGGCAUCCCUGUGCUUCAGGGCAGUACCACAGUAAUUGUGCAGGUGGCUGAUAAGAAUGAUAAUGACCCUAAGUUUAUGCAGGACAUCUUUACCUUUUAUGUGAAAGAAAACUUGCAACCCAACAGCCCCGUGGGAAUGGUCACCGUGAUGGACGCUGACAAAGGAAGGAAUGCAGAGAUGAGCCUGUAUAUAGAGGAGAACAGUAACAUUUUUUCUAUUGAAAAUGAUACAGGGACCAUUUAUUCCACUAUGUCUUUUGACCGGGAACAUCAGACCACAUACACUUUCAGAGUCAAGGCUGUGGAUGGUGGAGACCCUCCCAGAUCUGCCACUGCCACAGUCUCUAUCUUUGUGAUGGAUGAAAAUGACAAUGCUCCCACAGUUACCAGUCCCAAAAAUGUGACUUAUGUCUUGCUGCCACCUUCUAGUAAUGUCAGGACAGUUGUAACUACAGUGCUGGCAACGGACAGUGAUGACGGCAUCAAUGCAGACCUGAACUACAGCAUUGUGGGAGGGAAUCCCUUCAAGCUGUUUGAGAUUGAUUCCACCAGUGGUGUGGUUUCCUUAGUGGGAAAACUUACGCAUAAGCAUUAUGGCUUGCACAGGUUGGUGGUACAAGUGAAUGACAGUGGGCAGCCUUCCCAGUCCACCACUGCUCUGGUGCAUGUGUUUGUCAAUGAAAGUGUUUCUAACUCAACUGUGAUCAACUCCCAGAUAGCCAGAAGUUUGCAUACCCCACUCACCCAGGACAUAGCGGGUGACCCAAGCUAUGAAAUUAGUAAACAGAGACUCAGUAUUGUCAUUGGGGUGGUUGCUGGCAUUAUGACAGUGAUUCUAAUCAUUUUAAUUGUUGUGAUGGCAAGGUACUGCAGGUCCAAAAAUAAAAAUGGCUAUGAAGCUGGCAAGAAAGAUCAUGAAGACUUUUUUACACCCCAACAGCAUGACAAAUCUAAAAAGCCUAAAAAGGACAAGAAAAACAAAAAAUCUAAGCAGCCGCUGUAUAGCAGCAUUGUCACUGUAGAAGCUUCUAAGCCAAAUGGACAGAGGUAUGACAGUGUCAAUGAGAAGCUGUCAGACAGCCCAAGCAUGGGCCGAUACCGAUCUGUGAAUGGGGGGCCUGGCAGUCCCGACCUGGCAAGGCAUUACAAAUCCAGUUCCCCUUUGCCUACUGUCCAGCUGCACCCCCAGUCACCCACUGCAGGAAAAAAACACCAGGCUGUACAAGAUCUGCCACCAGCCAACACAUUUGUGGGAGCAGGAGACAACAUUUCAAUUGGAUCAGAUCACUGCUCUGAGUACAGCUGUCAAACCAAUAACAAGUACAGCAAACAGAUGCGUCUACAUCCAUACAUUACUGUGUUUGGCUGAAUUCCACGCUAAUAAGAUGCUCCAUUUUGACCAAACCGAUGACCUUGCUACUCCGAAACCUGCUGGAGCCAGCCCUUGGCCGUGGGGUGUCAGCCAAUCACUACUUCUUCCACUUGUUGUGCUUUUUAUUUUUAAGUUUAUUUUCCUCAUUUAAGGAACAUCAGUAUGCAGAUAAAUAAAUUUGUAGAAGAAACAGUAUUAGUACAGAUGUGCUCUGCGAAUGGGUGUCUAAACCAUGAAUUCCAUUCUCAAGGAGGUGAUACCUGUUAGACAGUAUUGAAGGGAUUAUGAGAAGAAUCCAAAGCAGUAUUUCAAACAGGAAUCUUAAGACUUUGGCUGCGUAUGAACAAAAGGAAAUUAGGUCUCUUAUAUCUUUGUGACUAUCGUAUUAAAGGCUGACUUUAAGCGAAAAUCUAAGUUGAUCAAUACAUUUUACGUGUCAUGUGAUGAUAACUUCUUCAGGCCAGACAUAUAGUUGUGUUAGAGGAAGAGGAUAUUCUUUUGUUCCUUCUGUGUGUGUCCUUUGAAUAUCAUUGUGUGUGUUCAUGUUUUCACCAAAAUAUACAUAUUUAAAGAUUUGAACAAUGUUGUCUGUGAAACAAAUUUGAGUUUGAUUUUGUACUUACAUAGGCACUGUAAUGGAUUGAUUUUUUACCUUGGAUCUUGAAAUACUGACCAAAGUAUCUAUACAAAUGUUCAAGGUUUGCUUGUUUUGAUAAAGUUCUUAACAGAAUUUCAUGUUUCUCAGAUUCACUGAAACCACUGUAGUCACUUUCUGAAGGGGAAAUGCACAGUUCCCUGUUUUGUACAUGGCAUUUAUUUGACAUUUUAUGUCAAAUAAAUUUGAUUAUUUCUAAGAAUUCAGCAUAUUACACAUUAUUCGGUGAUCAAAUGACAUGAUUUCAGUCAUAUAAGUGACAUUUUAGAUAAGUCAGGGAAUCCUUUGGAUGGCCCCUCUACUUCCCUUUGUCUGUAUAUUAUGUCUCUGUUUAUUAUGUUGUAUAUAUUUAUGUGCUUUACACAAGUAUUCUAUAUGUAUAUGUUUGAUUAUUUUAUAAUACAUUUACCAUACCAUCUGCCCUAUUAAAAUUCUCUAAGUUUCAAAAUCCUAAAAAUGCCGAAUUCUCAAGUUUGUUUUGUUUUGUGAACCAUUGUCAAUAAAAUGAUCCUUUCAGGAAAAAAAAAAUGGAGUGACAUUAUACAGUAUAAGAUGAUAGGAAAUGCACUGUAACACAUGCAAAUCCCUAAUGUACACUUGAGGAUUUUUAUUCUAUUAGCUGUUUAUUUAAUUUUGCAAAAGGGAAAUUUACUGAAGUAUCCUUGAGGCUACAGUGAAAUUCCUGAACAAAACUUAAUUAUCCUCAAUCUCCCAUUCUGUUUGGUGUUUAAGAUCAGUGUAAGAGGCUGGUAAAGGAACCCUUACCAUUUUUUCUGCUACUUGGGAAUGCUUCUUUCUCGGCCUCAAGUAGUAAACUUCCUUUGAUACACUUAAAAUGCAAAUUUGGUAACAAAUCACAGCAAUUCAAAAAUAAGUAAUAGAGUAAAGUCCAGAAUUGGGUUAAUUGAAUAUGCAAUCAGUGCAUAAAGUGAUACUUAGGAAUACCCUCACACAGAAGAAGGGUAAAAGUCAACAUUUUGGAAAUUCAGGUUGUAUUAUACUCUUAGGGCAUGAAAUAAGGUCUUAUCUCUCUGCUACAACUAGAAAGCUAUGAAAUAGAGGAUUACAGAAUGUCGCCAUAGGAAAAGUAAAUGUUGUCUUGUGCAAAUUUUGUUUCAUCUGUGUUUGUGUGUUCUUGUUACUGUCUUUAUAAAAGAUAUAUCUUAGUGUAGAAGAAAUUGGGAGGGUUUGAGACCCAUACCCUUGACUGUUCAGGGUGGGAAAUUAUGGCCACCUACUAUUUUUAUCAGAAAAAAAUCAUAGUAAAUCAAAGCAAUGUAUUGCUAGUAUUCUUGGGAAAUGUAGUAUACUAUUGAGUUGAACAGAAUGGU